CGAAUUUACUUGUCCAGUCCAAAUGCGAAUGGCAUGGUGAGAAAGGCGCAUUGUUUUGUUUGGGCCGUUUCUUGUACGUCUUUGUCGUGCUAAUGAAAUAUUACCUUUAUCAUUCUUCAACAAAGUAGUCGAGAUGGACAAUAAAAGUGUGGUACCGCUUGCGGCCUGAAUUUCUUUUCAAGUCCUUUGCAAGCGCAACAAAGCAGAUCCUAAGACUAUGGGCUUGAUUAAAUUUGGCCCUUGACGUUUCAAGAACAAUCCUUCGUCCAAGAUUUCGAUCACAUACACCAAAGCAAUUCACAAGAUGCCGCCAAGAGUCGAGCCAUCCCGGCGCCGUGUAGGUCGCAAAAUCCCAAAGAAUAGAGCAGGACCUUUACAGCAGAAUGACACGAGCGAUGCAGUUAGAUUCAGUAACAUAGAUGCUGAGCUAGCCACAACUAGUCUCGAUAUCAAUGCUUAUGGUGAAUUAAACGAUGUAGCCAGGCGGAAUCAUGAUCAGCCCGCCACAAUAACUGCUUCGCCAUUCAAAUGGCUGAAGCCAGCAAGCCAGCUACUCUUGCCACAAGAACUACAAGAUAGGCUGGGCCAGAAUCUGAACCAGAAGAAUAUGACCAAUCUGACUGAAAACGAUACCGCAUUCCGCGACCUCCUCAAGGAUGUCACCUCUAUUAGAGAAUGGUGGGCGAAGAAUCGCGAGGAAUGGGGUUUCCGCCGCACCGAGCUUGUAACGAUACAGAAGAGCAUAGAUAGCUUAUUGGUACAAGUUGGAGGAUUGGAAAACAUUGAGAUGACUCGCCAUGCAGCCGCCAGAAAGCAGUACUAUCUGCAAGUUGAGGUCGCUAACUCGAGGCUCAAGUGGUUUGAGGAGAACGAGGCUUACAUGAAGAUUGUCAUCGCGAAGUUUAAAGAUAUCCAAAAUAGCUUGAGCAAGACUGUCGAGAAAUCCAAAGCCGUCUAUGUCAUGCCGACAGAGGAUUACUUUCCGGAUGGCUUUGAUUAUGAUAAAAUGCUCACUUCAUAUCAAUUCACCGAUGGAGAUGUCGCUUGGUGGGAAAAUGGCCUCGGAUUGAGUUCAGCGCUUCGGGGCAUGAGGAAAUUCCUUACGAAUACCGGAGAUGAUAACGCUAGCAAAUCCGAAUUGCGUAAAGCAAGUCUUGCGAUUGUGCGACAAGCCAUCGCCGAUGUCAGCCUUCAAUGGAAGGUGUAUGGAGGAGACACCCCAGAUGCGAUAGACGCCAAGCUUGUCACAGAGCGAACUUCGCUUAACAGAGAUGCCAGACGGGGGAGAACCUCACCAACUGCUGCUGCUAGAGCUGAGGCUACUAGAAAGAGAAUCGCUAAAAUGGAAGAAAACAAGGCAGCUAUACAACGCAUCAUCGAUACAAAUGCAGACUACCUGGCGAUUUUGAGAAAUACUGAAAGGCGCUUGGUGGUAGAAUUAGCAAUCCUUACAUGGGAAAACCGAAGAACUACUGGAUUAUUGGGAGUGGCGAGGAAGAUGGAACGGGACUUGAAAGACUCCCCUAGAGUUGAUCUUCGAUUCCUGGUUUCACGAAUUCCAUUCGUUUACCAUUUUUACAUGACCUGUCGAACUCACUAUCUGCAUCAGAAGAGCCUUGAUGAUCUUUUCACGAUACUUCGGGACGAUGCCUUUCAGCGGUCGGACAUAGACAGUAUCACGACAAUGAUCAUUGACCAUCAUGCGAAGUUUCGGCCUGCCUACCAGGCUACGAUCAACAAAUUCAGGUCCACAAAUUGGAUUUGGGAUAAUGCUGAGAUGCGAGAAAACAUGUGGUAUGAACUUGAGUAUGAAUUCGAAGACAUGGCACAAGUUGUUGCGGAAGCAGAGCAACUGUUAACCGAAAGGACGACGGCCUUAGCUUUAGUCAAGCCUUCUGAGGCAAAAUUGAGAUUGGUUGCUCUAGGAGGACCAAACGUCUUGAACCAACCUGCUCUUUCUGGAGGUGUAAGAUCUGGAUGGACCACUAUAACCGUUGCGAGACAGAGACUUGCAGUUACACAGCUUGAAGUUAUUGGUAAUUAUAACAUGGAAGCGGGAGAAGCUCUACGAGCACUAUUCGUCAGCCCAGAUAUAGCAGAAUACUUCCGAUUCACGCACUGGAUGAAGCGUCAACCUUUCGUUGAUCUUGUCAAUUCGUUCCUCAAGACACCAGUGAGCGACGAGAUUAUCGCCGCUUUCCUCGUUGUUUGUCACGAUGCCAAUGACCUAUUCACAAUUAAUGUCCUUGGCAGAAUCUCAUACUGCGACCAAGGAUGGGAACUUGUUCAUGAGGCACCCGUCGGUGGUCCGAUCCGGGGCGUCAGGAGUAUUAAGCCCGUUGGCCAGGACGAUCUCGAGAAAUGGCUAGUGAAGAACAAAGCUACCAUGGUGACGAAUAAUCGAGACAUUUCUGCCAGAGACCUCUAUAACACCAUGAAGGCAGCUUUCGAGGGACUGACCAGGGACCAAUUCGAUGAUGCAAUGUCGUUCUUCAACCGCAUUGGGAGGAUGUACAUAAGUCCGAUUGACCAGCCAACCGGAAGCAGUCAAGUAUUCCGCAGAAUAGACAACGGCUGGCAGAUUGACCGACAAACGCCAUACGAUCCCAUUUUCGCCCCAGCCCCGCCAUACUUUGCACAACUAAGAGAGAUUCUCGUUGGUGCUAGAGCUACCAUUACGACUCAUCAGUUUAGGAGAAAUAGGGUAAGUGAGACAGCGUUAUUCGACCUUCUGGAAGCAAUUUUGCAACUACCUGGUGGUGCAUUUGGCUUUGGAAGAGUAGUCGUCAAUAGACAUCGUUUCCACUUGUUUUUGCGAUGGUGUACUCGAAAUGAGUCUGGCUUCCUCAACUUGAAUCGUUCGGGGAUUAUCACUGGGUCUGCAGUAGUGUAGUUUUGAUCUAUAGGCUGUUUCCCUAUGUAUCUUCUGGCGUCUUUAUAAUAUAGCUGCGACGUUUGCUUUGUGUUCAAUUGUA